AGCCGCACAAUCCAUCCAUCCAUCUAUUCUCCAGUCCACCCAUUCCAUUCCACUACCCACGCGCAGAAUUCACGCGAACGCACACGCACCCACACGACACAUCCAGAUGAUGCUUAGGGUUUCCCCGUCCCCGGCCGCCGCGGUGCCAACCCAGCUCUCCGGUGCGCCCGCGACCCCUGCUCCCGUCGUCAGGGUGGCGGCGCCGCGCGGCGUCGCCUCGCCGGCCGCUGGCGCCGCGUGCAGGGCCGCGGGCAAGGGGAAGGAGGUGCUCAGCGGGGUCGUGUUCCAGCCCUUCGAGGAGAUCAAGGGGGAGCUCGCCCUCGUGCCCCAGUCCCCAGACAAGUCGCUCGCGCGCCACAAGUUCGUCGAUGACUGCGAGGCCGCCCUCAACGAGCAGAUCAACGUGGAGUACAACGCCUCGUAUGCAUACCACUCCCUCUUCGCCUACUUCGACCGCGACAACGUGGCUCUCAAAGGAUUUGCCAAGUUCUUCAAGGAAUCCAGCGACGAGGAGAGGGAGCACGCUGAAAAGCUCAUGGAGUACCAGAACAAACGUGGAGGCAGGGUGAGGCUCCAAUCGAUUGUGACGCCUUUAACCGAGUUUGACCACCCUGAGAAAGGAGAUGCUCUGUACGCUAUGGAGCUGGCUCUGGCCCUGGAAAAGCUGGUCAAUGAGAAGCUGCACAACCUGCAUGGUGUGGCAACAAGGUGCAAUGAUCCUCAGCUGACAGACUUCAUCGAGAGUGAGUUCCUCGAGGAGCAGGUGGAAGCCAUAAACAAGAUCUCCAAGUAUGUCGCCCAGCUGAGGAGAGUGGGCAAGGGGCACGGGGUGUGGCACUUCGAUCAGAUGCUGCUUGAGGAAGAGGCCUAAAAAGAAGAACGGACAGAUGAAUGAAGGAAACAAGUGUGUAAUGUUGAUCAGGCGGAGGAAUAAUAAUGGGUCAACUGACAACUCUGGGUCGGUGGAUUUGUAGUUGGUUUGGGUUUUUUAGUUGUAGAACGGUGUUGCCCUCCUAGAGAGGGAUGAACACAUUAUGCAUGCGAUGUGUCAGUUCGGUCGGUGCUAUGCUCGUUGGGAUUUGAUUGUCGGAAAUAAAACAUGGGUGAUGAAUGUGUACCCUCCCUAAUCUAUGAAGUUGAGAAAGCCCUGCGGGUGUAGGUGGAUUUGUAGAGGUUUUUCUUCAGUUGGUUAGGUUCGCUGUUGCCUACCUCAUUUGCCCCUAAUCAUCAUCGCCGUAAUUUAUUUAUAAUAAAAAAGAUCCAGCUUUUCCCCC